UCUUAAUAAAUGCCUUUCUGUUGGAAUGAAAGAAAUAGUUUUAGUUAAGACUGAAGCUUGUUCUAAAAAAGAAGGUUCAACGAAUAGGCAACAACUGACAACUUUGAGUUCAACAUACCUUUCGGAAUUGUGCCCUAAAAAUGAUUCAAUAGGUUCAUAUAAUGGACAACUUCUGAUAACUGCUAAAUCAGAAUAUUCUUCUGAAAUCUGCCCUAUAGAAGAUUCAUUCAUACAGCAAUUAAUAAAUAAUGAAAGUUUGGAAGAUCAAAAGGUUGACCUUAUAUGUAUAAUCACUCUAUAG